CUUCUUUCUCAUCCACGGAGAAGUCGGUGUGCUCGGUUGUAUCCCGUCCCGAGUAAUUCCCUUGCGCGUGGAAGGCGGACCAGUAAGGGCGUGGACGCACACAAAAGCGGCAGGAUAACGGGAAAAAAGCCAGACGUGUCCAGCGCGCGCAGACAAUCUCGGUUUCUGGCUUGGUUUUAAUCACUGUUACCACACAGGUCUCUCUGUAUUCAGCAUCCAACAAACGUCAGGAUGAGCACCUUGAGACCGUCCGAACCGGGACCGUUAGAGGAGAUAAUGUUAAUGAAGAUGAUAGUGAUUCACGAGGCGCUCACGGGCAGCGAUGCCCACCGUUACGGUUCCCCGGUGGUGCGUGUAGAAUAAUGAAAGUUGGGGUCAAACGCAGAGAGCAGAGAUGUCGGUGCCUUUGCUGAAGAUCGGUGUGGUGCUCAGCACCAUGGCCAUGAUCACCAACUGGAUGUCCCAGACUCUGCCAUCACUGGUGGGGCUCAACACCACUAAACUAACUGCGGCGCAGGGCGGCUAUCCGGACCGGAGUAUAGGAGUGUUACCCGCUAACCCAGAGGAGUCCUGGCAGGUGUACAGCUCAGCUCAGGACAGCGAGGGCAGGUGUGUGUGUACGGUCGUCGCACCUCAGCAGACCAUGUGCUCGCGAGACGCCCGCACCAAACAACUCCGCCAGCUACUGGAGAAGGUGCAGAACAUGACGCAAUCAAUCCAAGUAUUGGACCAGCGGACCCAGAGGGACCUGCAGUAUGUGGUGAAGAUGGAAGAUCAGCUCCGCGGCCUGGAGACCAAAUUCAGGCAGGUGGAAGAAAACCACAAACAAAACAUUGCCAAGCAAUACAAGGCCAUAAAGGCAAAAAUGGCGGAGCUGCGUCCGCUGAUCCCCGUUCUCGAAGAGUACAAAGCCGAUGCUCGGCUGGUUCAGCAGUUUAAAGAGGAAGUGCAGAACUUGACGGCCAGCCUGGGCCUCCUUCAACAGGAGAUGGGAGCGUACGACUACGACGACCUCCACUCCCGUGUGGUCAGCCUAGAGGAAAGGCUACGUGCAUGCAUGCAGAAACUUGGACAUUGGCAAAAGGAGGCUUUGUCAGAUUUAGCUACACACCCAGAUAACUAUACAAGUAUGCAAACUGACGCUGGACUGUCUAAAAAUCAGCAGCAUCAAACAAUAGCAUGUGGGAAGCUGACGGGCAUCAGUGAUGCAAUCACUAUUAAAACAUCCGGGUCACGGUUCGGAUCCUGGAUGACCGAUCCACUCGCUCCUGAGGGAGACACUAGGGUGUGGUACAUGGACGGCUACCAUAACAACCGCUUUGUGAGGGAGUACAAGUCCAUGGCAGACUUCAUGAUGUCUGAUAAUUUCACGUCUCAUCGGCUGCCACACCCCUGGUCUGGAACCGGUCAGGUGGUCUACAACGGCUCCAUCUAUUUCAACAAAUUCCAGAGUAACAUGAUCAUUAAAUUUGACUUCAAGACAUCCACCAUCAGCAAGUCUCAGCGUCUGGACAACGCCGGCUACAGCAACACCUAUCACUACGCCUGGGGUGGACACUCGGACAUCGACCUCAUGGUGGACGAGGGCGGACUCUGGGCUGUGUACGCCACCAAUCAGAACGCGGGUAACAUUGUCAUCAGCAAACUCCACCCGAUAACCCUACACAUCAUUCAGACCUGGAUGACCAAUCACCCAAGACGCAGCGCUGGGGAGUCGUUUAUGAUUUGCGGGACAUUGUACGUGACUAACGGCUACUCAGGAGGGACAAAAGUCUACUAUGCCUACCACACCAACUCCUCGAUGUAUGAGUACAUUGAUAUUGUUCUCCAAAACAAAUACUCGCAUAUCUCGAUGCUGGACUACAAUCCACGAGAUCGUGCACUAUAUGCCUGGAACAAUGGACACCAGGUGCUCUACAACGUCACUCUUUUCCAUGUCAUCCGCUCCGAGCAGCUGUAACCAUGGAGAACGGACUGAAAUGAUGGGAAACGUCCAAGAACUAGCAUUGACAGAUGGGUUGGAAAGCAGUUUGGAGUCUCUCAAAGAGGAGUGAAAAACUGAACACAAAGACAAUCCUUGGGAAUGUUCUUCAACAGAUUGUUAUAAAAAUGUUAUGCUGAAUGGAAAAGCUAAAUCAUUCCUGGAACUAUAGACAUGAGAAUGAAAGAAAAAAUAUCAAAAUAAUGAACAGAAUGCCAAAAAAAAAAAAAAAAAACAGAUAAACAAAGCCACGCCUUUCUUUUAUACAUAAGAACUUUUCUUUGUAGAUGAUUGUCCAUUCUGAUGUUUUACAGUAGCACUAAAAAGACAUUUGUACAUGCUUUCUGCGUAUUGAAGUGGGGGAUGGGAAAUACUGUAAGUUAUGGACUAGGAAUAUUCAACCCA